GGGCAGGCGGCGGCCAUGGGCUCCGCGCUGCGCAGCGAGGCGGCGGCCGGCGCCCCCCAGCCCCCGCGGGGCCCGGGCGGAGCUGCCGAGCCGCGGCCGCCGUCGUCCUUCGACUGCUCCAUCUGCCUGGAGGUGCUGCACCAGCCCGUGCGGACGCAGUGCGGACACGUGUUCUGUCACUCCUGUAUUGCAGCAAGCUUAAGGAAUAAUGCAUGGACAUGUCCUUAUUGCCGAACUUAUCUUCCUUCCGAAGGCAUUCCAGCUACUGAUAUCACCAAGAAGAUGAAAAGUGUAUUUCAAAAUUGCACAGAGUGUGAAACACAGGUAUGUCUAAGUGAAAUGAGAGCUCAUUUGAGGACUUGUGAACAAUAUAUAGAAAAAUAUGGACCUUUGCAAGAGCUUGGAGACACAGGAACAAGGUAUGCUUGUCCAUUUUGCCAGUGUGAACUGGAUGAAGAUGAUUUAAUGGACCAUUGUCUGACUUACCACAGAUCAGAAAGAAGAGCAGUGUACUGUCCAAUUUGUCGUUUAAUACCUGGUAGAGAUCCAGGCUAUUUCAGCAGGAAUUUUAUAAGGCAUCUUCAACUCAGACACACAUUCUAUUAUGAAGACUACAUAGACAUAAACAUAGUAGAAGAAGUUCUUACUGAAAGAGUUUUAGACAGGUCACUUGUAGAAUACGUACACGCAAAUCAUCCAAACAGCAUAUAAUUCCACUGAAAAUGAGUUGAUUACUCUGUAAAUUCAAAUUCACCUUUUACAAUUUAAAGAAGCAUUGUCAACCUGGUUAGGCUUAAUUUUGGCUUUCUUAAAUAUAACAUUGUUUUGUUUUUUACAUUAAAUUCUAAUUCCAUUGUCCAGAAACAUAAAAGAAAAGAAAACGGUGCUGGUUUUGAGCAGCUAAAAUGCAAUAAUGAUCAUUGGUUGCCUGAGUUCUGCUCAUUAACAAAUGUUGUAUCUUUAAACAAUGAAGGAACAAUGACUGAAGCUCACAGCACCUUGUGACAGCAAAUUCCAAGAGCAGGCCAGAGUCUCCCGGUUAUUGUUGAUGAUGUUGCAACUCUGGGGACAGACAGCAAACAAGCAGCAGCCAUUUUGGGAUUCCACAGCACUCAACUGAUUGCAAACAAACACAGGGCUGAAUCUUGCAAACAGGUUAAACAAAGUGCAGUGGAUAUCCUCAUGAAUAAUCCCACUGACUUUAAUCAAACUGCCCACAAAAUUAUGCAUUACAUUGGUAGCAUUUUCAAGAUCAAGAUGAUAUUUAACUAAAUCAGUAAGUAAAAAGACAUCUUGGAGAGAGGUAAAAAAGAAUAAUAAUAAAAAAAAACAAUAACAGCUUUUAAAGAGGUUGACAGUGUUUCUUAACUAUUCUCUUUAUCAUGUACUGUAAUGCAUCAUAUCUAAUUUUUAUAGGAAGACUAUAAAAUAUUAAUUUUAUAUGUAAUAUUUAAUAGUCAUUUUCAAUUCUGUACUUGUUGACUGUACAUACAUUAAAAAAAUUAAAGGGUGCACUUGUAAAUAGAAACAUAUGUGAUGAUUAAAACAGCUUAUAGUCAAUCUGUUUGCAUACUUAAGAUAUACUCAUUCCAUUUGCAAGGGAUUUAUUGAGAGUACUGCUGCAUACUUGGUCACUGUCAGGGGCUGGAUUCUGCUCCACAAACUCUGAAAGGAGCCAGGGAUGCUCAGCCCUUGGAACAGGGAGAUGCAAUGUCUUGUGACUCAGAAAUGCUUUCCACCUUAUCGCCAUUAAGAAGCAUCUCUUUAAAAGAUCUGAAUAGAAAGGUGGCCAUUUCUUCUUGGUCAAAGUGAUGAUGGCUUUGUAUCAAAUAUGGGAAAUUCGAGGUAUAACUUCACAACUCUUAGCUUCAUCUCAUAAGAACAAAAGGAUAGCCAAGGAUCAAUUUAUAAUCAAAGGCCACUUUCAUAGUCCUUGCACAACCAAAUUAAUUUUUUUGAGACUUUCUGGAUGCACAGAGAAUGCAAGAUCAGGAGCUGCCUGUUCUCCAUCCAGAAUGUGGAUUUCUGUUUACCCCUUCAUGGCAGGCAUUCCUGAAUAGAUCAUCUCAGCUUCACAUCUACCCAUCUUUGACUCCCCAGCCUGAAUAACUAGGUGCCCCUUUGCAAUUGGAUCAGCCAGCAGCCGCCUUCAGCAUGCAUGUAGCAAGAUUUGAAUACCUACCACUCAGUGAUAGAGGCACACCUUAAUUGCAUUGCCACUGCAUCACCCGCCUCACAUGCAGUGUCCUCCAGUUACCGUAUAUUCUCCUAUGACAUCCAAAUCUAAUGGUUCCUAAAGGAUUCUAGAUGUCUCCCACUUAGCCAAAGCCUUGGAAUUACUGGAGGGUCACCACUAUGACCUGAUUAACCAGAACAACAGAAGUGCCAAGUUAUUUCAAAAUGUACCCCCAGUAAGAGGGAAAUGAUAAUCCCAGGAUAAACUCUGCCAAUUUGUGUGUAAUCCUAAAAGAUUUCAUUUCACAAAUAUGUUUUAUUAUGAGGAAUAAAAAGUUGGCAGGACCAUUGAUUUCAUUUCAUUGAAAGAGUGUGAUUUAAAAUGCUUUCCUUCAAAUAAAUGUUCUUCAUAAA